AUGUACAGCCUGAUGCCUGGGAGGGGCGACAUCCGGAUCUUGUCCCAGAAGAUGCCGAGCGUCUAUGUCAUCGAGGACUCGUUGGGCCUCCUCUGUGACUUUCUCAGCUCUGACGAGUGUGAGCUCCUGAUUGGUUUGGUCCUUGGGGCAGUUUGUUUGGAUCUGACGCAGGUCAUGCAUGCAGAGGAGGCAGCCAACGCUACCUUGGAGCGCAUCGCAAAACGUCCAGCUCCUAGCCAACGAUCGCAGAAGUACAGUCUCCUAUCUCCUGCGGCCAUGAGGGCUCAAUCAGAACCAGCAGAUUAUGUUAUGGCGGGAGCGGUCACAGCCCUUCUGGCAACCAGAGAGGCUGAUGGAUUCCUUGGCCCAGAGGAGGAUUCUGACCUAGAUGGCCUGUCAGACUUUUCAUUUGAGGAGGAGCUUCUUGCGUCGAGCGUUCAGCUGAGUACAGAUACGGUAGAGACGACCUGGGAGCUGGAAGUCCGAAAACUGUCCGGUGAAAGUUUGAUGCUCGCAGUACACAGUGGAAUGCCAGUUUCAGAACUGAGCCGCGCCAUCGAAGUUCACUUGGGCAUUUCUCAGCAUUGUCAGCGCUGGAUAGCUGGGGAGCAAGUCUUGCCGUGGCGGCAGGGCCCGCACAGUUUGGUGGCAAGAGUCCUCGAAAAUGUCCCGGAGCUCACAGUGAUCCACAUUGGCCACGAGCCUUUAAACCCUUUGCCAAGUCGUUUUGAUGUGAAGCUAAUUGCCUUCAAUAUGAAGGCUGCUUACCGUGAUUCUUCGAGAGUUUCUCUUUUUCGUAUCCGAGCAGAUACUCCAAACCGGCAGAUGACAGUGCAGCGAAGCACACGCAACCAUUCGGAGACCUACAUGUAUGACAUGGAGAAGAAGUCUGCAAAAUACUCUGGCGGACAUUGCCUUUGCGUCCCGAGCCACAGCGCCACGCCUUUGGACAAGGACCUGCUGUCUGAUUUCGUGGGCCGCUGGCAGGAUACAUCGGAUGUCGACUCCCGGCUGCUUUGGCGGCUUCCCGGCGAUGAAGCCGAGAACCGGUUUUGGUGUGACCCUUUCAUGUCACCGUGCGAGGAUUAUGUUGAAGUGAAGGUUGAUGUGGCGAUCGGCACGCUGAAAGCGAAGAUAGUGCGCUUUCUCAUCGACGGAGAUGGCAAGCCGAUCAGAGCAGCGGUGAAGCAUGACGGGAGUUUCUUGCAUGAGUACACCGUGGAAGUCAUCGAAUGGGAUCCACAGGCAGAUGCCGGAUGUGGCUGA